AUGGCGAAAGCAGGCUUGCUCGUCACAUGUGGGUUCUUCGUGAUGUUUGAUUACCCGAUCCAAAACGAUGCGAAUCAAUCCGCUUGGGAUCCCCCUCACGUUCACUUCAAUUCAAAAUCGUUUAAGGUUUACAAACGCGUAGCUGGCCUAUACAAUGACUUGCGAUGGCUAGCCGAUGUGUCAAGUCAGCGCUUUUAUCCUCCUAAACAAGUCUGGUAUCAAUUUAUCGAUCCCGGAGAGAUGAAAGGCUUGGUGCGCAUUAUGUCGGAUCCAAACCUCCGAACGACCGUGCAGAAAGCGGAACACCGCUACACUACACCCGCCUGUCAUAUCCUGAGUAUCCGCAUCUGUCAGCAGCGAUAUUCUUCGGUUUUUCCUGGGUUCCGUCACGGAUAUCUUCUUGAAUUAGGAUAG